ACUCCAGACCCGUCACCAGCUUUGUUGCUCUUCUCUGUAUGCGCUCCAGGGCCUCAACAUCUUUCUUCUAGUGAGGGGUCCAAAACUGAACACCGCACUUGAGGUGCAGUCUUACCAGAGCUGAGUACAGGGGGACAAUCACCUCCCUGCUUCUGGUGGCUGUGCUAUUUCUGAUACAAGCCAGGAUGCCAUUGGGCUUCUUGGCCACCUAGGCACGCUACUGGCUCAUUUUCAGCCAAGCGUUGACCAACACCCCCAGAUCCUUUUCCUCCUCACAUCUUCCCAGCCACUCUGCCCUAAGCCUGUAGCACUACAUGGGGUUGCUGUGGCCAGAGUGCAGGACUGGACACUUGGUCUUCUUUAACUUCAUCCCAUUGGCCUCAGCCCAUCAAUCCAGCAUGUCUGGGUCCCUCUGUUGAGCCUGCAAGCAGAGUCCAUGAGAGAAGACCAGUCCUGAAAGUCAACCGCUCCCCUCAGCCUUCCUUGGCUGGAAUGGUACCACUGGGCCCCCUGCUAGGCUGCGCUUGAGCAGGUUCUGCUGUGCAGCUGCUGCUGAAAGGAAACACCGCUGCAGCAGGCCUGCUGCUGCCACAAAGCUGUAAUUGAAGCACUCUGCCCACUUCUGCUGGCAAAACAGGCCAGGAUGUGUCUGCAGCAAGGCUGCAAUAAGCAGCAAUGCAUCAGUGACUCCUGGCAGGAAGCUGAGGAUCACAGAAACUGUGGUCUUUUCAGUCUAAGAUUGUAAUUUUGAUUUUCAGAUAGUGGCAUUAAACUGUGGUGGAAAGGACAAGCAUUUCCCUAUCAGUUUACACUGGUAAUGCAUUAUUAAUGAUGCAGAACUAGAGAGCUUACCUGGAGGUCUUUGAGAAAGGUCUUCAGCAGCACACCUAGAAGCUGGGUAGUUCAGAUGCUGUUGAGUCUUUCCGAGUAAAAUAUAGCUUGAUUAAAAGAAAAAAAAGUUUGGCAACUUUUUUUUCAAUUCAUUUGGGAGAAUACUGCAAAGAAAAACAUGGGCUUUGCAUCUGGAAGUUACACUUGAGGCAGAGCUUUUUGUUAUUAUCAUUUCUACUGUUGUAAUAUGUUUGCUGCUGCAACCAAAAACUUUGUUAAACAGGUUGGUGAUGGAGGAAGACUAGUGCCAGUGCCCAGCCUCAGUGAAGCUGAUAAGUAUCAACCUCUCAGCCUUGUGAUUAAGAAAAGAAAAUGUUUGCUUUCGAAAAAAUCUAAAUUUGCUUCAACACCUUUCACAUUAAAAGACAUUCUUGAAGGGGAGAAAGAAAUUUCUGCAGGUGUUUCAUCCUACCAGCUGCUCAACUAUGAAGACAAAUCAGAUGUUUCACUCAAUGGUAGAAGAGGAAAUCAGAUAAUCAAUGAUGUUGGUUUUGAUGUUGCUGGAUCAGAUUCUAUUGCCUUUAAAGCUUCAUUUGGCAUAGUGACCAAACACGAGGUUGAAGUACCAACAUUGCUUAAAGAACUUACUACAAGAAAAAUAAACUUUGAUCAUUGUCUAGUCCAUCAAACAAGAAAAAGUAGGAUGGAGAUUCUGUGUGUCGUCAUGGAAAGCAUUAGGACAACAAGACAGUGCUCACUAACUGUUCAUACUGGGAUGCGUGGAGAGACAAUGAGGUUUCACAUUAUUGAAGACCAAAAUUAUAAAGGACGGGACAAAGCCAUUGUUUUUCCUGCACAUACAACAAUUGCUUUUAGUGUAUUUGAACUUUAUAUUCACUUGGAUGGUAAUUUUGAACUGUGUGUGACUCCAGUUGCAAAGGGGGGAUUUGAAAAAGAGAAAUCUGGAUCAUCUUCAAUGAACAAAUUAAGGAGAUUAAAGAAUAAUCUCUUUCAUCGAAAUAAAAGAGUAGUGGCUAUCAUCCCUAGCUCUGAUGGUUACUUGGAUGACCUUUUUACAGACUAUUAUGAAAAAGCUGCAAGCAUGACUGAUCUCUCUACAAGCUAUCUUAGAGAAGGGGCACACGUCCGAAUAAAUUUACUUAAUAACAACAUCCCCAAAGGUCCUUGUGUCCUUUGUGGAAUGGGAAGUUCUAGAAGAGAAACAGUCUAUGGGUGCCUAGAGUGUUCUUUUAAUGGACAGAAGUACGUACGACUGCAUGCCGUGCCCUGUUUCGACCUCUGGCAUAAAAGAGUGAAGUAACUGCUCUAGGUUGGCAGCCUCGGUGGUUUGUCUUAGACAAUGGGAUAUUGUCAUACUAUGAUUCACAGGAUGAUGUUUGCAAAGGCAGCAAAGGAAGUAUAAAGAUGGCUGUGUGUGAAAUAAAAG